AAACACUCAAACUUUCAGAGGCCUUGCUUGGGACCAUCCCUCUCUCUUGGCUCCUUUAAUCUGUUCCUUUCAACAGAUAAAAGGAAAAAGAAAAAACAACUACAAUAACAAUGGUGAAAUUUUCUAAGCAAUUUGAAGCUCAGCUUGUUCCUGAAUGGAAGGAAGCUUUUGUUGACUACUACCAACUCAAGAAAGACCUCAAGAAGUUGCAUCUUCUAAACACCAGCAAUAAGAAUGAAGAACUGAUCUCUCCAAAAAGUCUGUUCUCUUCGCUCAAGAAAUACAUCAUCUUCCGGUCUCAUCAUCAUGAACGUGAAUCCAUUCAAGUGCAUCAGAAAUUUUCAUCAAUGGCAAAGCAAGAAGAUUUGUAUCAGACAGAGUUGAUGGAUCAAUUUGCUGAUAACGAAGCUGCGAAGGAGUUCUUCGGGCGAUUGGAUCUCCAGGUGAAUAAGGUGAACCAGUUUUACAGAACAAAAGAAAAGGAGUUCAUGGAGAGAGGCCAAUCGAUGAAGAAACAAAUGGAGAUUCUGGUUGAGCUCAAGGCUGCUCUCCGGCAGCAACUCCGGGAGAAGGGUUCGUCCCGGGGAUCUCGGGAGGAUACCUCCAUUUCCGGCUCCAUUUCUUGCGAUGACGAAUCCAACAGGAGUAGAAGAGAGGAAGAUCAUGCCCAAGGAGAUACAGAUGAAUCCGAGGAAGUGGGGAGGUCAAUGGCAAUGAAGAUCAUAGAAGAUAAAAAGCUAAGAUCGUCCCUAUCAGACCAUUUCAUCAACUGUCAAGGCAAAAGCUUAAAAGUCCACAUCCCAUUGACUAAUCCCAGCCGUACAUUUUCUGCAAUUUCAUAUCUGCUGCAAGAUGAUCAUCUGGUUAACAAGAAAGGGUGCAGAUUGCACAUUAACAAGACCAAGCUUCGUCACGCCGAGAAGAUGAUCAAAGGCGCCUUCAUUGAGCUCUACAAAGGACUGGGAUUUCUUAAGACAUAUAGGAACUUAAACAUGCUUGCUUUUGUAAAGAUUUUGAAGAAGUUUGACAAGGUUACUAACAAAGAAGUUCUCCCCAUUUAUUUAAGAGUGGUUGAGAGCUCCUACUUCAACAGCUCAGACAAGGUUUAUUAUCAAAAACUUUUUUAAAACAGAAUGAGUAUGAGUGUAUGAGUACUGCACAAUUUUUUUUGAAAUCCAAUACUAUGAGCAAUCCAAACAGUGACCUCGGGUGUAGUUCAAGACAUGAGUCAAGGGCGGGAUGGAACAACCUUAGUGAGAUUUUCCUGUAAAGUUUUAAAAUUGGCUGAUGAGGUUGAGGAGAUUUUUAUCAAACACUUUGCUGAAGAUGACAAAAGAAAGGCUAUGAAAUACCUCAAGCCUACCCUAAAAAAGGACUCUCAUGCUGUCACCUUCUUCAUUGGUUUAUUCACAGGAUGUUUUGUAGCUCUGUUAGUGGGAUAUCUAAUCAUGGCUCAUAUUACUGGGAUGUACAGACAGGCUCAAUCAAAUACAUUCUACAUGGAAACCGUGUAUCCUGUUCUAAGCAUCUUCAGCCUACUGUUCUUGCACUUGUUUAUGUAUGGAUGCAACAUUUUCAUGUGGAGGAAGACUAGGAUUAACUACUCCUUCAUAUUAGAGUUAGCUCCCAAGAAAGAACUGAAGUAUAGGGAUGUGUUCUUGAUCUGUACAACUUCAAUGACUGUUGUGGUUGGUGUCCUCUUUCUCCAUCUUGCUCUUGUAUCAAAAGGGUAUGCCUUUACCCAAGUUCAGGCCAUCCCUGGCCUUCUUUUAUUGAGUUUUCUACUGCUACUGGUAUGUCCUUUCAACAUUGUCUACAAAACAAGCCGCUUUCGGUUUCUGCGUGUGAUGAGGAACAUCAUUUUGUCACCUAUGUAUAAGGUUGUCAUGCUAGACUUCUUCAUGGCUGAUCAACUUUGCAGCCAGAUUCCAUUACUCAGAGAGGUUGAGUACAUAGCAUGUUACUAUGUAACUGGAAGCUACAAAAAUAAAGACUAUGGAUAUUGCAUGAGAACAAAGUACUACAGAGACUUGGCUUAUGCUGUUUCUUUCCUUCCUUACUACUGGAGAGCCAUGCAGUGUGCUAGACGGUGGCUGGACGAAGGGAAUAAAAGUCACCUUGUAAACCUCGGAAAAUAUGUGUCAGCAAUGUUGGCAGCAGGGGCAAAAGUGGCAUAUGAAAGAGAGACAAGCUUGGGAUGGCUUUGCCUAGUUGUUGUCAUUUCAAGUUCUGCAACAGUGUACCAACUGUAUUGGGACUUUGUGAAGGAUUGGGGUUUGCUCCAACCCCAUUCUAAGAACCCUUGGUUAAGGAAUGAACUUAUGCUACCCCAAAAGUUCAUUUACUACUUCUCCAUGGGAUUAAACCUUAUUCUAAGGUUAGCAUGGUUGCAAACGGUAUUGCAUUACAAAUUUGGGAGUGUAGAUUAUAGGGUAACAGGGCUAUUUUUAGCUGCCCUAGAAGUCAUCAGGAGAGGGCAUUGGAAUUUCUAUAGGCUGGAAAACGAGCAUCUUAACAAUGCUGGCAAGUUUAGAGCAAUCAAGACAGUCCCACUUCCUUUUCAUAAUAUAGAUGAAGAAGAAUGAUCCCUUGAUUGUGAAGGGUCUACCGGCAAGUUCAAGAAAUUCGCGAUGGAUGGUUUCUUUAGUACUAUUUAUUUAGAAUUGAGGGUAUCAAUUUCCUUCUUUAAAUGGAGGAGGUGGUGGUGGAGUGGUGGUUUUGUCAUUGAACAAGUUGUAGGAGAAAGAUGUUUCAACUUGCCCUAAUUUUGCCUUAUUAAGAUUAUAGUGAAGUAUUCACAUCUUUGUGUAUAGAUCAUUCUUCCUCAUGAUAUGUUGAAUAAAAUUCAACUUUAAGUUAUCUCAAUCUUGAUUUGUGGUUUUGUUUGGUAGUUCACUAAUAAGAGAAGCUGAUAAAUUUAAAUU